AUGGAAGUAUCAAUUACAAAAUGCGAGGAAAAAUUGAUAAAUGCUACCCUAGAGGAAAAUCUUAGACUUUAUGGCAAAAAAUUAAAUAAAGCAAGAAAAUUAAUAUUGCACUUCAGAUCAAGCUGGAAGAUCAUGUUUAGCAUCGUUGGGACAAAAGAGCGAACAAUAGUGAAGGUAAUGGCGAAUGUAUCGUGUGAUAUUCAACAGCCGAAAUUAUCUCGUCUAAGUGAAGGAUUGUCGAGUAUGAAUGUCGAGUUAAAUCCACUGGCAGCAACGCACUUUGAAGUUGGAAGACAAUCUGAAAUCAUAGCUUUAACAAAGCAACUAGAAAGAUGUUUCAAGGACCCUAGGUGUCUUGACAUGGAAUCUUUACGCAUUGUCGCCAAUAAUAAAUUAUGGAAUAUCAGAGUCGACAUAAAUGUAAUCAAUCACGAUGGUAAUUUGGUUGAUUGGAGAUGGUGUUAUUAUGUACUCAUUUGCUGA